AUGGCAGAGUGGGGACCCAACUUCGUAUCGGACGAAGUGCCCAUAAGCCCUUACCGCGUCUUCAACGAGAUGAUGGCGAAUGUUGACAUCGCCAACACUAUCGUAACCCACGACUCCGGCUAUCCGCGUGAGCAGAUUGUCCCGUUCUGGCCCGUAACCACACCGCGCGGCUACAUCGGGUGGGGCAAGUCAACGCAGCUCGGUUACGGCUUGGGCCUCGCGCUCGGCGCGAAAAUGGCAGAGCCCGACAAGACCGUCAUUAACAUCAUGGGCGACGCCGCGUUCGGCAUGGCGGGCAUGGACAUCGAGACCGCCGCUCGCUCCAACAUCGGCACGCUCACCAUCGUCCUGAACAACGGCGUGAUGACGCACUACUACGACCACUUCCCGCACGCCACGGAGCACUGGGGCAGCAACAGGCUGGGCGGCGAGUACGCCAAGGUCGCAGAGGGCUUGGGCGCUUACGCAGAGCGCGUGGACUCCCCGGACGAGGUUAGCCCCGCCAUCAGGCGCGCCCUCGAAGCCACGCAGAACAACCAGCCCGCCGUCCUCGAAAUGAUGACCAAGGAAGAGGAGAACAUCUCCCGCUACUGGCGCUAA